UGCUGUGGUCAGCCAGUAGCAUAGGUGGGGAUUAGCAUUGCAGCAGCUGUAAGUAGUGAGAAGCACCGGACUGAUUAGAUGAGGAAGCUUUAAACCAUCCUGGGCUCUGUGUCCUCAGUGCUCGAGGUGGAGUUGGUAUAUGAGAUUUCUUGGGAGGACAGUCUGCUUUUUCUGAAGGAGUUUCCAGGUCCUUGUCCCACCAUAAAGCAUAAACUGCUUGUUUUCCAGACUAUUGGGUCAUUGCUGCCUAGUCAGCCUCUUGAUACAGUUAGUCUGUAAAAUACCCAGUGAAAGAUUUAAAUGGUAUCAGAGGAUGCAUUAGAAGAGUAAAGACCUAAAAGUAAAGCACCUUUAUCCUUGCUGCCUGCUCUUCUGUAAAAGAUCACAAAGCUGAAGAGAAUCCCUCUGACAGACAAGAUAUUGGAUCUCAGGAGGCAAAUGCAGGGUACAGAUUUCUCUUCCCAUCUUGGCAAUAGCUUACAGCCUGUGAGGAUGUAUGGAAAAAAUGUGAUACUUGACAAGGUGGCAGCACCUUUGUCACAUUAAAUAGAAUUAUGUUAUUGAAAACUUAUCAUCAAGACUAUGUAUUUUCAGUUUAAAGGAUACAUCCACUUUUUCAUAUGGAUCCAUCAGAGGUAUUGGUGUCUCCCAAAACACCUUGGGAACUUAAGUUCUUAACAGAGGAGCUGGGAAGGGAGUGACUGCAUAGUGCUGGUGCCAGAGCCUGCUUCAGCACUGACAGAUGUGCAGGCUGUAGGAAGAAUCCAAACUUGGAAAGAAUGAUUAAAUUCAUGAUUAUGGUCAAUAUAGAGAUUUCAUAAAAUUUCAUGGUCAUGAUUAUGGUACUGGUAGCUCAAUUAUGAUGGGGCUACCAGUAUCAUAAUCAUGAUAAUUGAGGUGAGAAUAUUCUGCUGACCCAGCUGCCUCAGGUUUUCGAACAUGGGUUAGGAACAUGACAAGGCAGAGAAACUCUUCAGAGAAGAUACGAGCAGUGAGGGCUGGAGGAAUUUGGUUGAUUGCCUGGCAGAGACCUCUGGAUCAGACUCUGUGUGAGACAGUCUUGAAUCAGUGCCUAGUUUUGAAAAGCUGCAACAUGCUGUACAACAGAUGGAUAAAGACAGGGGAGCACAGGGAAACUAUGGUAUCGCUGGCCAAAGAGGUGCUACUUAGAUCACUUUGACCCACUGUGGUCCCAGUGAAUGUUUUCUGGGUAUUUUAGUUCUGGGUAUUUUAGUAUAUUAUUCUGGGAGGAAGAGUUAUGGAAGGAGCUGAAGGACAGUAAAGCUUUGUGGUUUUUAGGAGGAGCAUGCUCCAGCUGUGAGGGUAGACAAGGUGGGUUAUGCUUGCUUUGAACAUCAAAGACUGGAAUCCCGUGCUGAGGGCAACACUUCGAGUGAGAGACCAAAGCCAGGGUGGGGAUGAGCUGUGACCUGUACUAAAAACUGAGACAAACAAUGGGAUGGGGCAUUAUGUAGGAAGGUGUCAUAAACAAGUGGCCCCCUUAGGAGCAGUGCUCCAAGUGGUUUUGAGCAAGGCCAGAGGACACCUGUGCCAGUGUCAGAAAGAAGAAUCACAUCAGCAGUCCAGAUAGAGAAGGGCUGAGUGAGUGCUCCAUUCACUUACUCAUUGCAUCUGUUUACAACUCUCAUGAGCAGGGUAUUGGUUCUGGCCCAGAGGACGUAGCACUAGGGAUAGUUUUAUUUACAAAACCAUGUGGACUUAAUCAGACAAAUUGCUAAUAAUUAACCACUGAGUUGGACAUUGAGCCUUUCUUUGGUUUGGAUGAUUCCUGAGGAAUUACUCAUUGUGUCACCCUUGACUUCUGAGUUAUCUUCUAACUCCGUUACAAGAGACAACACAAUUGUUGCAGUCACCUUACUGUUCCUCAAGAGCACACCAGUUAAAGGAAAUUCAGUUCCAGCCUUAGUAGCACUGUCACCACAUGUCCCUGUCACACCUAGGCCUUUCUAAGCAACAAGUGUUCAGUGGCAAUCAGUCUCCUUGGGAAUCAUCCUCUUUCUGUCUCAGCUGUUGGGGUUACCUUAGAAUAAAGAUUCAAAGUCUCUUUGGGGUUUUAUGGUCAGCCAACUGCCGUAACACACAGACAACAUGGAAAUGUGGAAAAGAAAGAAGCAAAAGAAUGAAUUUGUUAAAUCUUCAGGAUCUGCAGGCUGGAAAUUAGUAAAAGGAAUCUGGAUCCUGAGCACUCAGAAAGACCAGUGCAGCAUGUGGUCAGUUCAGGUGUCAGACACUGCAGAUUCCCAAGCCUGGGGCACUGCUGGUGUCACGGUCCCCCUUGCCAGGCGGCACCAGCCACUGUGGGACCAGCCUUUGCUGGACUUUUUGUUGGAAUUCAGCAGGCUUCUCACCGGAGAGGUCUGUUGCAUCCAAGUAAUGUCUUUAGCAGGUCCAGACGCGUUUGUGUCUGUCGGUGUGCACUGAUCAAGGCUAUGGUUUCUGAGCAAUGGCUGUGGUGUCCUGCAGUGACUGUGACUUCCCUGUAUCUCUCCUUUGGUCUCUUUCUUGGGUCUUCCUCUCCUCCCUUCUGAGCCCGUGCAGCUUCCCAAGCCCUUUUGAUCACUGCUUUGGUUUGUAGGGUUGUGCAAUAGCACACAGUUAAUAAAUAACUGUGGGUCAUCAGAGUUUUUUGUCCCAAGACCGCUUGAGGGUGUGGGGGGACUUUUGUCCCAAGCAUCUGCCCAGGUGUCUCACUUGGGCAGAGCGAGAGGAAGGCGCUGCCGUUUCUCCCCUGAGCGAUGUCAGCAGCCCUGGAGAAGUUCUGCGGCUCCGUCUUCUGGAAUGAUUCCUACCUUGCUCGUCCGGAUGCCGACCUGCCUGUGUGCUUCCAGCAGACUGUGCUGGUCUGGAUCCCCCUUGGCUUCUUCUGGAUUUUGGCCCCAUGGCAGCUCCUGCCCAUGUGCAAAUCCAGAGCCAAGAAAUCCUCUGUGACCAAACUCUACAUCAUCAAACAGGUGCUGGCUGCUCUGCUGGUGCUGACGGCAGUGGCGGAGCUGGCCCUGGCAUUUGUAGACACCGAGCAGGGUGCUGUGCCAGCGGUGCAGUACACAAACCCCAGCCUGUACAUCGCCACCUGGAUUAUGGUCCUGCUGGUGCAGGAUGCACGGCGCUUCUGCUUGCGCAGAGACUCGGGGGUGCUCUUCUGCUUCUGGAUACUGACCCUCCUCUGUGGGAUUCUGCCUUUCCAGUCGCUCGUCCGGAAAGCCCUCCAGGAACCAAUCUCUGACCUGCCACGGUUUAUCCUUUUCUUCAUCUCCUACGGGCUCCAGCUGCUGCUCUUCCUUGUCUCAGGCUUCUCAGAUAUUGCCCCAGAAACAAAGGAAAUCGGGAAGAAGAACCCAGAGGUGACAGCCUCCUUCCUGAGCUGCGUCACCUUUCAGUGGUACAGCAGCAUGGUUUUCAAGGGCUAUCGCAAGCCUUUGGAGAUAGAGGAUGUCUGGGAAUUGAAAGAUGAAGACAAGACAAAGGCUCUUUACACUGCUUUUGAGAAGAACAUGAAGACUGCAAUGCAGAAGGCCAGAGCAGAACUGGAGAAACGGAAAUGCAAGAAGAGACGCCAGGAAGGUGACCCAGACCAUGGGAACAGCAUGAGCAAGGCCCAGAGCCAAGACAUCCUGGUGCUGGAGGAGAGGCAGCCAAAGAAGAAGAAGAAGAAGAAGGGAGACAAUGAGGACUCGGUCCCUCCCAAGGAUUACCCCAAGGGCUGGUUGAUGAAAACCCUGGCCAAGACCUUCCAGCAGAAUCUCCUGCUAGCAGUGGCAUUCAAGGUGGUGCAUGAUGCCCUUGUGUUUGUCAGCCCCCAGCUGCUGAAGCUGCUGAUUGCCUUUGUGUCAGAUGAGGAUUCCUUUGCCUGGCAAGGCUAUUUGUAUGCCAUCCUGCUCUUCCUGGCAGCAGUGAUCCAGUCCCUCUGCCUGCAGCAGCACUUCAGCUUGUGCUUCCAGCUUGGCAUAAAUGUGCGAGCCAGUCUCAUCGCUGCCAUCUACAAGAAGUCGCUCACCAUGUCCGGAGCCACCCGCAAGGAGUCCACGGUGGGAGAGACUGUGAAUCUAAUGUCAGCUGAUGCCCAGAGGUUCAUGGACUUGGCCAACUUCAUUCACCAGCUGUGGUCAUCCCCCCUGCAAAUUAUCCUGUCCAUUGUCUUCCUCUGGGGAGAGCUGGGCCCCUCGGUCUUGGCUGGCAUUGCAACCUUGCUGCUGCUCCUCCCCAUAAAUGCAUUCCUGGUUGCCAAGGCCAAAACCAUUCAGGAGAGGAACAUGAAGAACAAGGAUGAGCGCAUGAAAAUAAUGACUGAAAUCCUCAAUGGAAUCAAGAUCCUGAAGCUUUUUGCCUGGGAGCCCUCCUUUGAGAAGCGAGUGAAUGAGAUCCGGGCACAUGAGCUCAAGAAUUUGAUGAAUUUCAGUUACCUGCAGUCAGUCUCUGUCUUUGUGUUCACAUGUGCUCCUUUCCUGGUCUCCUUGGCAAGCUUUGCUGUCUACGUGCUUGUGGAUGAGAACAACAUCUUGGAUGCACAGAAGGCCUUUACUGCCAUCUCCCUUUUCAAUGUGCUGCGCUUCCCCAUGGCCACGCUGCCCAUGGUCAUCUCCUUCCUGGUGCAGGCCAAUGUGUCGACUGCGAGGCUGGAGCGCUACCUGAGUGGAGAAGACCUGGACACCUCAGCUAUCCACCACAACCCCAUUGCAGGCAGUGCUGUGCGUUUCUCAGAGGCCACCUUCGCCUGGGAGCAGGACGGCAACGCUGCCAUAAGAGAUGUCACCCUGGACAUCAUGCCUGGGAGCCUGGUGGCUGUGGUGGGGGCUGUGGGCUCAGGCAAAUCUUCGUUGGUGUCAGCCAUGCUCGGGGAGAUGGAGAAUAUCAAGGGACACAUCAACAUCCAGGGCUCCCUGGCCUAUGUUCCCCAGCAGGCCUGGAUCCAGAAUGCCACACUGAAAGACAACAUCAUUUUUGGGUCAGAAUUGGAUGAAGCCAGGUAUCAGCAGGUCCUCAAGGCCUGCGCCCUCCUUCCAGACCUGGAAUUGCUGCCUGCAGGAGACCAGACAGAGAUUGGAGAGAAGGGAAUCAACCUGAGUGGGGGCCAGAAGCAGCGGGUCAGCCUGGCCCGGGCGGUGUACAGCAACGCAGACAUCUACAUCCUGGAUGAUCCGCUGUCUGCCGUGGAUGCCCACGUGGGCAAGUACCUCUUUGAGCACGUGCUGGGGCCAAAAGGGCUGCUGCAAAAGAAGACACGGAUCUUGGUGACGCACAGUAUCAGUUUCCUGCCCCAGGUCGAUAACAUUGUGGUGCUGGCAGCAGGAGCAGUGUCUGAGCAUGGCUCCUACAGCACCCUGCUUGCAAACAAGGGGGCCUUUUCCCAGUUCCUGAACUUGUAUGGAAAUCAGGAGGAGGAUGUUUCAGAGGAAAAUACUGCAGCUGUUGCUUUAGCUGGGGAUGAAGAGGAGGCUGAUGAAGCUGUUGAUCCUUGCACGGAGGAGCCCACUGAAGAUGUGGUGACUAUGACCCUGAAGCGAGAGGCCAGCAUCCAUCGGAGAAAAUUGAGUCGCAGCCUUAGUAAAAAUAGCACCAGUUCCCAGAAGAAGGCCCAGGAGGAGCCCCCAAAGAAGCUGAAAGGACAGCAACUGAUCGAGAAAGAAGCUGUGGAAACCGGCAGGGUGAAGUUCUCCAUGUACCUGCGGUACCUGCGUGCUGUUGGCUUGUGCUUUACCUUCUGGAUCGUCAUGGGCUACGUUGGACAAUACGCUGCCUACGUGGGGAGCAACCUGUGGCUCAGCGACUGGACUGACGAUUCGGUGCGCUAUCAGAACCAGACCUAUCCCACACAGCAGCGGGACCUGCGGAUCGGUGUCUUUGGGGCACUGGGGGUGUCACAAGCUCUCUUCCUGCUCUUUGCAACCAUGCUGUCUGCCCGGGGCACCGUGCGAGCCUCCCGUGUCAUGCACCAGCAGCUGCUCAGCAACAUCCUGCGCGCGCCCAUGAGCUUCUUCGACACCACCCCGAUCGGCCGCAUCGUCAAUAGGUUUGCCAAGGACAUCUUCACGGUAGAUGAGACCAUUCCCAUGUCCUUCCGCAGCUGGAUCUCCUGUUUCAUGGCCAUCAUUAGCACACUCAUUGUGAUCUGCCUGGCCACUCCAUUCUUCGCUGUCGUUAUCAUUCCCUUGAGCAUCUUCUACUAUUUUGUGCUGCGCUUCUAUGUCUCCACGUCACGCCAGCUGAGGCGUCUGGACUCUGUCACCAGGUCUCCCAUCUACUCCCACUUUGGUGAGACUGUGUCAGGCCUUUCUGUGAUCCGGGCAUAUGGGCACCAAGAACGGUUCCUGAAGCAAAAUGAGAUCACCAUGGACAUAAAUCAGAAAAGUGUUUAUUCCUGGAUAGUAUCAAAUAGGUGGCUGGCCAUCCGCCUGGAGUUCGUUGGGAGCCUGGUGGUCUUCUUCUCUGCACUUCUGGCAGUGAUCGCUAAGGGCACUUUGGAGGGCGGCAUCGUGGGUCUUUCUGUCUCCUCUGCUCUCAAUGUGACCCAGACACUGAACUGGCUGGUGCGGACAUCUUCGGAGCUGGAGACCAACAUCGUGGCAGUGGAACGGGUCCAUGAGUACAUGACAGUGAAGAAUGAGGCUCCAUGGGUGACAAAAAAGCGUCCACCACAUGGCUGGCCCAGCAGAGGCGAGAUCCAGUUUGUUGACUACAAAGUUCGCUACCGACCAGAACUGGACCUGGUUCUUCAGGGGAUCACCUGUGACAUUGGGAGCACUGAGAAGGUUGGGGUUGUGGGCCGGACCGGGGCUGGAAAAUCCUCCCUCACCAACUGCCUGUUCCGGGUGCUGGAGGCGGCUGGAGGGAAGAUCAUCAUUGAUGACGUAGACAUAGCAACAAUUGGCCUCCACGACCUGCGCAAGAGCCUCACCAUCAUCCCCCAGGACCCUGUGCUCUUCACUGGAACCUUGCGGAUGAACCUGGACCCCUUUGACCAGUACUCAGACGAGGAGGUCUGGAAGGCCCUGGAGCUGGCUCACCUGAAGACAUUUGUGCAAGGCCUUCCCGAGAGGCUGCUGCAUCUUGUGAGCGAGGCAGGGGAGAACUUGAGUGUUGGGCAGAGGCAGCUGGUGUGCCUGGCCCGGGCCCUUCUCCGCAAAGCCAAGAUCCUCAUCCUGGAUGAAGCAACAGCAGCCGUAGAUCUGGAAACUGAUCAUUUAAUCCAGACAACAAUCCGGAGUGCGUUUGCUGACUGCACUGUCCUUACUAUCGCCCAUCGCCUCCACACGAUCAUGGACAGCAACAGGGUGAUGGUGCUGCAUGCUGGGCAGAUUGUGGAAUUCGACAGCCCCGAGCAGCUGCUCAUGAAGCAGGGCAUCUUCUCUGCGAUGGCAAAGGACGCCGGCAUCACCGCUGCAGAAAGCACCGCUCUGUAGGCACAGUGCUGCAGGGCGGGCGUGUGCGACAGCUCCUCCUGCUGCCACUCACCCAGCGGGCGCUGGUGUCUCCCACAGCCAGGCUGCCCAACUGGCCUCUCUGCAGCGGGCAAGCAAAGAGGAUGGCUUCUCUUGCUGUCCUGAGAUGGAGCAUCUGGACUUGAGCGAGCUGUUAGCCUUACUACCACAUCCUGCCUGCUGUGCACACAAGGGUCUGGAGCUGCAUCAUUGAUUCCAGGACAGAGGGGAAAAGCUAUCUGCCAGGCAGGGAGCUCAUGACCUCCAGUGGGGGUGAUCUUAGUUUUUGUACUUCACCAUGCAAGGUGAAUAUACCUUAGAGAUGCUUUAGCAUUACGGAAUGAAAUUUACAGUUUAAUCAAA